AUGUCUCAAUUUGACGACCUCUUAGAAGAUUGGUCAGAAACACCAUUGGAUUCAAAUUCCAGCCACAUCCCCAAUUCGGGAUCAGCAGGUAUCCCCGAAUCAAUGGACUUGAAGAACCAACUACUGCAGUUGCAGCAGAAAUUAAAUCUUAGUGACAUUAAACCGGUUAGAACGCCAAACGGUGUUGACCCCGAAAUACAUCUACCACCGACACUGUCAAAUACGAUGGCGACAACUACUCAUGAUAAUGAUAAAUCAGUCGAUUUUCUAGGUGACUUAAGUGAUUCGUUGUUGAUGGAAUCUAGAAGAUUGAACUAUGAAAACAAACAGUAUAAGAUAAAAGUUAAAGAGUUGUCAGAAUCAAAUUCAAUGAUGAAGAAAGAAUUGAACAACUUGAACUUAUUAAACGAUCAACUGAGUAAACGUGAAGAAAAUCAAACUGAUAAAAUCUGGAAAUUGGAAUCAGAUUUGGAGUCCCUUCAAUUGUCAUUGGAGAAAUCAAAUAAUGAAUUGAAGAAAGUCCAGUCUGAAAACUUAGCCUCAAAAUCAUCAAUCGAAAGCUUGAAGAAUGCCAUCGAUAAUUUGGAAUUAGAAAAACAACAAUUACUAGAUUCUACCAAUAGUACCAUUGCAAAACUGAAUUCUCAAUUAUACGAAUACAAAGAGUCGAAUGAUUCGCUGAAUGAUGAAAAUGAUAUAUUACACAAAAAUAUUCUAGCUUUAAAGGCAGAAGUGGAAGAGUUGAAGUUAUCAGCUGAUAAAAACCCCAACCCUGUUGAAGAGGAAACAUCUUUUAGUGAAUUUGAUGAUUCGAUUGUAUUAGAUCCAGUCCCUGCGUUUUUAACCAAAGAUGCAUCUGAUCUAGACUCAAAGACAUUAAAGAAAAACAUCAACAUAAUACACCGCCAAAUGCUCAAAUUAAAAAACCAAAACUCAAAAAUGAGGCUGGAACUGAGAAAGGCUAAAUUGCAAUCACCUAUACAUGGCUCGCAGGUACAGGAUGACCACAUUAACCCUGAUGAUUCAUGGACAAAAUUCAAUGAUGAUUCAUUUGCCAAAAAAAAUGUUCCUGAACUGUCUUAUAAUGCAGAUUCAGAAAAUGAAAAUGAUGAUGAUAACAAUAAUAACAUUAACACAUCGUUCCUUUCUGAUUUAUCUGAGCUAGAUGGUUCAAGUCCUGUUUCCUCUAGAAAGGUCUCAAUGGCCCAAAUAAAGUCUUACAUGCUAAUUGUCCCUAAAACAACUUUAGAUACCAAUCCUACUAUAACUGCAGAACAAAUAGACUUCUCCAAGUUCAAGACCUUAAAAUUACCUGAAAACACAGUUACAAGUUUACUAUCAUGUUCAGAAAUUGUAGACAAUGAUGGAAGUGAUUUUGCUAGCUCUGAAAACCUACAGUUGAUACCCCUUUCUUUAAUUGACAAUUUGAAUGGUGAACUCAAUUCAUUAAACAUGGUUGUCAAUACUAACCCAGACAAACCCCAAUUAUCCAAUCCAAACAUUAGCGAUACCAUAUGCAAGCUCAAAGAACUGCGAAACGAAAUUUUGGAGAAAUUUGUUCUACUGCCAAAAACAAAGCAUGCAGAUAUUUUAUUGGAAAUUAAUAAUUUAAAUACCGAAAUCAGAAAAGCAAAUGCCUUGAAUGACGAACAACUGUCUCAAAUUACAUCAUUAAGGGAUCAGCUGAACGAUCCUCCUUUGGAUUUGUUGAAAUCAAAAUCAGAAAGUCUCGAUCAUAUUGUUAUCCCUAAGGAAAAGCAUAAUGAUAUUAUAUCUAAGGUUGGUGCACUUGAGAAUGAGCUGGAAACUAAAAGCAAAUUACUCGAUAAAUUGAACAGUGAAUUAUUUAAAUUACAAGAAUUCAACGAAUCACCAGAUAUUGAGUAUUUAAAGAAUAAGUCACUGGGUCAUAUGCACAAAUUGGUCUCUGAUUCAGAGUAUUCUGAACUACUCAAGAAAAUCUCGAAUUUAGAGUAUGAAAUUGAGUUAAAAUCCGAAUCUCUCUCAAAGCUUGAUGGUGAACUAUCUGAGCUCAGGAAAGAUUAUGAAUCCCCAGAUAUUAAUUACUUGAAGUUAAAAGCAUCUGCUUUUGACCACAGUUUGAUCCCCCAACAAAAAUAUUCAGAAUUACUUGAAAAAUAUAGCAGUUUAGAAAAUGAAAUUUCAACCAAAACUAAAACUAUAACUAGUCUAGAGUCUGAGCUUAAUGAAACAACCAAAAAGUUAAAUAAUGAAAUUAAGCAUAAGGAAAGUCUACUUGAGGAUACCACUGCGAAGCUUGAGAAGUUAAAGGCACAACUAGAAGAACCGGACCUAAAGUUUAUCAAAGACAAAUCAGAAAUACAUGAUCACAUUGCUAUUCCUUCCGCGGAACAUAGAGGCCUGCUAAGCGAGAAGAUAAAACUUGAGAGCGAAGUUGGAGAGAAAACAGCAUUAUUAGACAAGAUGGAGGGAGAGCUAGAAAGCUUGAAAUUUAAAAACAACAAGCUUCUUGAACUGAAUAGAUCCAUUAGUGAGAAUGUUGAAAUUAGUCAAGCCGAAACAAAAAAGUUUGCUUUGGAUAUCGAACAACUAAAAAAGCAACUUGAAGAACCAUCUCUCACUUACAUAAUGACCAAAUCUAAAUCUCUUAAUCAUGUUGUCCUUUCUGACAGCGAGCAUGCGCAAAUUUCCACAGACAUCAAACUAGCGAAGAAGAAAAUCCAAGAAUUAGAAGAUAAAUACAAUGACAAAGUUGAUUGUUUUGAAAAGCUUGAUUCUCAAUUGAAGAAAACCAAUAAAUCUCUUGAGUCAACUGCUUCUGAGUUGGAUGAGUUAAAGAAAAGAUACGAAAACCCAACUGCUAGUUAUAUUUGUUCCAAAGCACCGGAUAAUGGAUUAGUUGCUAUCGAGUCGGAGAACUACAGGUCAACAUUACUGAACGUUGAAAAUCUUGAAAAUAAACUCAAUGAAGUGACAUCAACUGCUUCACGGCUCUCAGAAGAGUUCAAGUGUAUUACAAGCGAAAAAGAAAAGCUCGAACAGAUGAUUCAUCAGCCUGAAUUGGAAUACAUCCACGAAAAAGCUGCGAUUUUGAAACAUGCGGUAUUACCUGAAGAUGAAUUAGCCGAAAUGAACUCUAAGUUGACCGUAUUAGAAGCUAAGCUUGAGGAGAAAAUAUCUAGAUUGGACGAACUCCAAAGAGAGAAGGAUUCUGUAGAUUCAAGAUUACAGGAGACCCUCGAAGAAUUAACCGAUUCGCAGGUUAAAUUCCACGACCUCCAAGAUGAAUUUAACAAACUUCAGAAAUUAUAUGAUUCACCUACUGUUGAUUAUCUCAAAUUGAAGGCAUUAUCUUUGAAUAUGGUUCCUGUUUCGACCGAAGAGCUUGAAAAAAUGAAAAGAGAAGUAGCUAAAGGAGACAAAACAAUAGAAAAGUUGAGUUUAGAUAUCAAAUCACUUGAAGGUGAGGUUUUGAAGUUGACUGUUGUUCUAUCCGAGAAAGAGAUUGAGUAUAAUGUUCUUGAGAAGGAAUUUCAAAAGCUUACCCAAGAGAGGAAAGGAUUAUUGGCAAAACUGGAUUUACCCGACGCGGAGUUUAUCAAAUCAAAAGCUAGUUUACAUAAACUACAGGUUAUUUCAAUGGCUCAACAUAACUCGAUGGUUAGCGAACUAAAGACGAAAACUGACAAGUUAGAAAAAAUGAAGAGAUUGAAAACAGAUUUGGAUUCCAAACAUAAACAAAUAGAGUCCCUACUUAAAUCACAGGAAGAACUAUGUGAAAAGAUUGAAAAAGCUACUUCUAAUUUAACAUCAAUGGAGAAGGAGUUACAAACAAAAGAAUUUAAAGUGAACCUUUUACAAAAGCAAGUCGACUCACCAACACUUGAUUAUAUCAAGGAGAAGGCGUCGGUUUAUAAGCAUUCUUUACUCCCACUGUCGGAGGUUGAGUCAUUGAAAAAGCAGAUACAAGAAACUCAGGAAUCAUUGGUAAAUAAGGAGAGAGAAUUAGAGGCAAUCAAAAAAAUAAAAGAAGAUUUGGAAAUUCAAGGUUCAAAAUCUGUUUCAUUGGAACUUCACGAAUCGACACAAGAAGACCUUCACGUGACUAAAAGAGAGCUGGAUGAUCAGAAACAACUCUUAAAUGAACACAAACAGAGAAUUGAUAAAUUGAGGGAGGUUGAAAAUUUAUUAGUUGAGAAGGAAUCUGAAAUGGUCAAACUGAAAACUAUAUCUUCUGAGUUGUCUUGCAAACUCGAAGAAUUAGAUCUUGCGAGGUCUGAAAUUAAGGAUUUGAAGAAUAAAAACAAAGAGUUAGAUGAAAAACGUAAAGAAAUAGAAUCAAUGAAGAAGUCUCAAAAUGAUCUACAAUCAAAGAUAGAUAGCUUAUUGUUGAAGGAAAAAGAACUUGAAUCUGCACUGGAAAAUUUAAAAAGUAAAGAUUCACAAUUAAAGGAGCUUGAAUCGGCUUAUGAGGCACCCGAAUUUGCAUACCUGCAAGAAAAGGCAAAAUCUAUUGGAUACCUACCUAUCCCAAUUGCAGAACACAAUGAAAACCUAAGAAAGUCCGAUGAGCUUAAAGCUGUAAAGUCUGAGAUGAGAGAGCUAAGCAAUGAGGUAAUCGCAUUAACUUCGGCAAAUAAAUCGCUAAACGAAACCAAUACGAAAUUGAAGUCUGAUUUAACUGAGCUGUCAGUUUUAAAAGACUCUCUUGAAAGUCCCGACCUUGAAUAUCUCAAGGAAAAAUCCAAAAAAGCGGGUUUGAUUCCGCUUCCAAUAGACGAUUAUGAUGUGCUAAAUGAUAGAUUAUCCACAAUGAGCUCUGAAAUUAAAACACUAAAAUCUAAAUUGGAUGCUUCUCUGGCAGAAAAGUCAAAUAUUAACGAGGAACUUAAAAAGUUGCAACAUAUUCAAGCAAACCCUUCUAUGGAGUACUUAAAGUCAAAAUCAGCUUCAUUGGGAAUAAUACCAAUCCCAAUUGUUGAACACACUUCACUAAAGUCUGAUUUGAAGAGAAAAAAUAUUUUGGUAAAAGAAAACAAACAGCAACUCGAAGAAAUCAAAUCUUUGAAAGCUGAAAUCAGUGAAAAGAAGGCAAAACUGAAGGAAACUAUUGACCAGUUGGAGAAUUUGGAGAAACUUCGUGAUAAUCCUAAUAUUGAAUACUUAGAGUCAAAACUGGAUACUCUUAGCUAUGCAGCAAUCAAGAAAAACGAUUUGAAACUUCUUGAAACGUCGAAAGCUGAAGCUCUCAAAAUGGUUGAUUCACUGAAGGAAAAAUUAUCUGAUGUUGAGUUUCAGUUGAUAGAAAAGGAAAGCUUACUUGAUGAGUUACAUAGAAAGGUCGAAAAAGAAAGGAAAACCCACGAAAGGGAAUUAACUGAAGUGAAAUCUAAAUUAGCUCUAAUGGAAUUGAACUAUGACAACCUGAAGUCAGAAAAUGAGGUAAAGGAAGGGAAAAUCGAAGAUUUGACUAAAACUGUUGAAGAAGUAGAAAAAUCAAAAUUGACGCUUGAAUUGCAGCUUAGGGAAUUACAAAAACAAAUUGAAGCAUCUACAGAGGCUCAAAACACUGCUGAAAAUAAAAUCACAACCCUUACAGAAAAUAUAAAUCAGAAGGAAUUGCAAGUGCAAGAGCUGAAAUCGCAAGUAGAAAGCUUGAAGAGGGAUAACAAAAAGUACGAAUCUAUAAACGAAGAAAUCAAAGAGGUCACUUCUACGCUAAACAAUGACUUAGAUUGUUUGAAAAAGAAAUGUGAAUUGCUAGAAACUGAAAAGGCCAGGUACAUUCAAGCUUGUUCUGAAUUUGAGUCUACAAUAUCUGACCUCAAAAGUGUAAGUGAGAGCCAUGAAGCAGAAAAAGAAAGGUACCGCGAAGCAAAAUCAGAACUUGAAAUUUCGAUCUCUGGAUUAAAAGAACGGUGUACUUUACAUGAACAAUCAAAGAACAAUGCUGAAGAAGCUAUUGCAUCUCUUGAAUCUGAACUUUCAAAGCUGCGAACAGAGUUGGAAUUGCAUGUUAAAUCUAAAAUCUCAUCUUCCAACACCAUUGAGGAAAUGGAAUCUGAAAUAUGCCAACUCAAGUCUGGCAUUGAGGUACAAAGUAAAUCCAAUACCGAACUUGAAGCAACAGUAGAGAAGCUCGAAUUUGAAGUGAAGAGAUUAACUGAAGAAGCAGAUGUUCUCGUGCAAGAUAAGCGUGCUGCUCAAGAAACGAAAGCUGAUCUGGAAACUGAAAUUACGAAACUGAAAGCUCAAAUUGAGUCACAUGAAGAAGAAAAGAGAAUUUUAAACGAGAAUAUUGGUCAAUUAUUAUGUGAAAUUAGGAAACUAAAUGAAGAUGUAUCAGAUCACGAAGUUCAAAAGGGUGUUGCUAGUGAUAAAAUUGUACAAAGUGAGUCUCAAAUUGAUAUCUUGAGAAAAGAAUUAAGAUCACAUCAAAAGGAAAAGGAAUUAGCGGAUGCCCAAAUAAUUUCUCUUGAAUCCAAGGUUGCCUCCCUCAAAAAUGAAAUGAGUGAACAUCUGGGCAGCAAAGACCAAUUGGCUUCUCGAAUCGCACAGCUAGAAUCAGAACUUUCAUCCAUGAAGGGAUAUGCCGUUGACCUUGAGCAAAAGAAGGAUGGCAUGGAAAAGGAAAUAAGCGAUCUGAAUGCCGAAUCAGAGAAAGUCCAUAACCCUUUCGAUAAGAUACAAAGUGCAGUUAACUUGGAGGACUACCAAAAAGGUAUGAAUAUGCAAAAAUCCUCUUCCAUUGCAACAGUCACUUCAGAAAAUGUUAAGAACAUUGAAAACCAACCAAUCGAAUUGUUGAUAUCUGCUAUCAGUGAGGCAGGCUAUACAGUUCUAUCUCAAUUGGAACUCGAAAAUUUGCUGAAAUCCAGGACAGGGGAAAAAAGGACUACGGACUUGGCAGAUAUUUCUCAUGAAAUUGAAAAUAUUGAAUCUGACAUAGAAUCUAAGAAAAGCAUUUUGGCCGAAAUGCGUAGUAGAAGAAAUUCUUUUGCAUCGUCGGCAAGCUCAAUCCAAACCACUGCUUCCAUUCCAGUUGAAAAUAUCUUAUCUCAAAAGGAAGCUAAGCUAAGUGAAAAGAUUAAAGAAAUAUCUGCCUCUUUAUCAGAUCUAAAAGCCAAAAAAGAAAAAAUUCAAAAACAGUCUUAUAGACUCUCCGAUGUAUCAAUCGAAGUACCAAGCCAAGGAUUGUCAGUCAAACUGAAUAAGAAAAUAUCGAAACUUAAUAGUGAGAUACAGUUGAAGGAAGUUGAAUUACAAUCUCAACAAAGUGCGCUUGCUGCUGUUAGAGCUUAUUUGGACAAAUCGAGAGAUUUGGACCUACCUCCAAUUAUUACGCCUUUACAUGACGAAACUGAAAAACUUGAAUCGGAAAUAAAGGAGUUACAACAAAAGUAUAGUGAGAAGAAAGCGGAUAUGGAAAAACUUAAAAUCUCAUUACUCCAGUCUGAUGAGCCAACGAUACUUGCGAAAAGGUUAUCUUUCCUAGGUUAUAAUGUAACUUCUCCAAGUGGUGAAUCGUUGAUAUUAGAAGAAAUCAAGCUUAAUGGAUUGACACAUCAUGUACGAAGCAUAAUCAUGGGUAAAUGUUUUGACAAAAAGAACGGUUGCUUCAAUGCCGAUCAGUUCCUAGAAGAAAACAAUCUUAAAAUUAUGGGUCUUCAAGAGGUGGAACGUAUGAAGAAUGCAGCAAUGUUUAAUAUUGCUGAUAUCCCACUUGAAGACUUGAAAAAUAGAAUUAAGGAAAGUGGAUACACAGUUGUCGAAAAUAAGGAUUGGGAAGAGCUAACUGAAAAGAGUGGAGAGGCUAAAAUGCCAGAUUUCCUUGACCAUUCAACAUUGGCUGAAUAUGCAAGUAAGCUAAACCUGUCAUUGCUGUCUGCUGAGGACGUUUCCAGGUUGAAGCAACGUACAAUUACAAGUCGCGAGCUAGCUAACAAAGCCAACGAGCUGAACCUCGUAUUGUUGAAUGAAGACGAGGUGAAAAUGUUGAAAGCUAAUGAACCAUUAACUAAAGAAAAUAUUGUUGAGAAAGCUAAAGAAUUUGAUCUUUUAUGUAUUCCAAAAUCCCAAUUCGUUGCAACCACCGUUUCGAGAACACCCGAUAUCCCUAAUGUUACUGUUUUACCAAACAGUUACUACAAAAUAUUAACCAAGUCACAUGAAUGGUACAAAAAAAAUAAAAAUACAGCUUUAAAGUCUGUGAGCCAACCUCCUACCAUUGCAGAGAAUGCAACAUUGGAUAUUCCUGAGCAAUUUAACCCACAGCAAUUUGCUCAACCACCCGGCCCGGGUAAUACGCAUCUACCUGGUCAGAACAUUGAUGUGCUAUCAUUAUCAACAUUAGAUACAGUUGUUUCGAAUAAGAAGGAGAUUAUUGCGGCUGUUACACAAACUAUUAUUGGUGAUUACUUGCACAAAUAUUAUAGGAAAUUGGGACCAUUCACAUCCAUUUCAGACACCAGACAUGAAAGAUAUUUCUGGGUUCAUCCAUAUAGUAUGACCCUAUAUUGGUGUGCUAUAAACCCUGUUGCUGGUGUUCCAGCAAAGAGUCAAAUUAAGGCACUCUCUAUUUUGGACGUUCAAAGUGUACCGGAUAAUAAUCCGUUACCUCCGGGAUUAUACUACAAAAGUAUCGUUAUCAGAUCUUAUGAGAAAACCAUCAAGAUUACAUGUCCUACAAGAAAAAUUCAUAACAUUUGGUUCAACUCCCUGAGGUAUCUGUUGGAUAGGACUAGCGAUAGCUGGGUGAAUGAUGAUGAUCUUGAAAAUCAAUAUGAACAGGACUUUUCACUUGACAAGAAAACUGAAAUCGAAAGAAUGCAAAGUUUAAGGACUCCAAGUAUAAAAAGAUCACCCAGUGGGCUGUCUACAAGAGGUACUUUGAGGUCCGCAUCAUUGAGGUCCCACAGGAAAUGA